AUGGCUACUCCCUUAUUGAAAACAGCGCGGAACCCUUCUGUAAGAUUACCUUUUUUGAGGCUGACAGUUAUAGUUUUUUCAAGAAAUUUUCGUCAAUCAAGAUACUCUAAUUCACAUUCACAUGAGUAUAAAUACAAAAACCAACCGAGAUCGUUUCAUCGAUUCUUAACCUAUGCAGCACUUUUCACUUCAGGUGCAUGUUUUGCUUCUUACAAGUUAGAAGAAAAAAAACCUGUUUAUCCUACUUUGCGAGAUGUUAUUUUUCCGAGUGUUUAUGCUAAGAGUGCUCCUACUGAAGUUUACAACAAGAGAACCAAAUAUAAUUUUAUUGCCGACGUAGUAGAAAUAUCUGCACCAGCUGUUGUUUACAUUGAAAUAAAAGAUCAAAAAAGGAUAGACCUUUUCACAGGCAAACCAGCAACAGCGAGUAAUGGUUCAGGCUUUAUUGUCAAAGAAGAUGGAUUGAUUCUUACAAAUGCACAUGUAGUGAUUAAUAAACCAAAUUCUGCCGUCCAGGUAAACGUACGACUUCAGGAUGGUACUACUUAUACUGGAAUAGUUGAAGACAUUGAUUUCCACAGCGAUCUUGCAACAGUGCGAAUAAACAAAUCUAAUUUACCAGUGAUGAAACUUGGGUCAUCUUCUAAAUUGAGACCAGGAGAAUUUGUUGUUGCUAUAGGUUCUCCAUUAGCUCUAAGCAAUUCAAUAACGAGCGGUGUUAUAAGUAGUGUUAAUAGGCAAAGUCAAGAAUUGGGUCUGCACCACAAAAAUAUGGAAUAUAUACAAACUGAUGCUGCAAUUACGUUUGGUAAUUCGGGAGGACCUUUGGUUAACUUAGAUGGUGAAGCAAUUGGUAUAAAUGCCAUGAAAGUUACAGCUGGUAUUUCCUUUGCGAUUCCAAUAGAUUAUGCCAAAGAUUUUUUGAAAAAAGCUGAAGAACGUAGAAAGAGCAAAGGAGCCAUACUUACAAGAACUGGAGAUUCUUCAAGAAGAAGAUAUUUAGGGAUAACGAUGUUAACUUUAACAUCAGAUAUCAUUAAUGAUAUGCAACAUCAGGGAGGGUAUGUACCAGCUCUCAUAAGACACGGCGUUCUUAUUUGGAAAGUAAUGUUUGGAUCACCCGCAUAUGCGGGAGGAUUAAAACCGGGAGAUAUAAUAACACACGUCAAUGGUGAACCUAUAAGAUCAUCUACUGAUAUUUAUAAAAUUUUAGAAAAAGCUGGCUCUAUUCUUAUUACAUUGAUAAGGAGUGGAGUAGUAUUACAGCUAGAAGUUCAACCUGAAGAUAUAUAAACUUUUUUACAGUGACUUUUAAAAAUUUUUGUCGUAAAUUUCUAUUAAAAUUAAAAAAGGAAAACUGGCUUUUGUGAACAAUAAUACAUAAAUAUUUGAGGAAUAUGUAAAGUAUUGACUCGUUACGUUAAAAAAUAACAGAUUUUGUUUGAGAUAUGUAUGUUUUCCUCCAUUUUUAAUAAAUUAAAAAAUUUGUUGAUCAAUGAG